AUGGCACCCUCUGCUGACGCGGAGUCCUUUCCGGUCAUCGUAUCAGACCACCAUGACCACCACCGUCACAGCUUUUCAUCCAAAUCCGUGGUCAACGCUUCGGUUCUGCAUGGCAAACUUGACCUGCGCUUAGUAAGAACUCCAUUGCCCACCUUGUCUACACCUACCACUUCGCUUCUGAAAGGGGUCUCAUGCAGCAUCAUUGCCCUACCCUACCCUAUCCUAUCUCAUCUAUUACCAGACACGUUUUUCUUUCAUGUCAACUUCACAUCUGAUCUGACCAACCGCCAAAAUAGGAAACACGACACAUCGAAGAACCUUCCGCAGGGGAGCUCCAGAUCCAAAUCAGGUCUACCGGCAUAUGCGGCUCCGACGUAUCCUACUACAAGAAAUUCGCCAAUGGGGAUCUCUGCGCCUGUGCGCCUCUCUCACUUGGUCAUGAAUCUUCCGGUGUGGUGGUGAGUAUCGGGGCGCAAGUUACUGGUUUCAACAUUGGUGAUCGAGUUGCUCUUGAGGUUGGGAUCCCGUGUGGACAAUGCACUAUUUGCAGAAAGGGGCGGUAUAAUCUUUGUAAGAGGAUGCGGUUCCGAAGUAGUGCGAAGAGUGUACCACAUUUCCAGGGGACGUUGCAGGAGAGGAUUAAUCAUCUGGCGGUUUGGUGUCAUAAGUAUGUGUAUUUUUAUCUACCUCCUCAUCCCAAAAGAUCUCAAGAGUCAGGACGCAUUUCGAGUAAACAAUACUAAUAUACUCUAAUAGGAUACCUGAUCACAUCUCCUUCGAUGCCGCCGCCCUUCUGGAACCCCUCUCAGUAGCAAUCCACUCACUCAACCGCGCGGCCCCAACCCCGGGCUCAACCGCCCUCGUCAUCGGCGCUGGAACGGUAGGUCUCCUCGUCGCAGCAAUGGCACGUCAAUCCGGUUGUACCUUUGUGACGAUCAUGGACGUUGACGCUGGACGAGUCGAGUACGCACUCAGUAAGGGGUUCGCAACACAUGGUUUCGUGGUUCCUAAACCACUCCACUCGUCAUCAUCCUCCUCUUCUAUCUUCACAGAUGGGAUGUCCACACCGGUUUCCUGUGAUGGGAUUAUGACGCCUGUGUCGACGUUUAGCGAUGGUGCGAGUGGAAGUGGCCCAAGGACACAACGAGAGAAAUUCGAUGCUGCAAAAGCCCUCGCUGCUGAAGUCCUCUCCAUCCCCCGCGCCGACAUGUCACCCCUCGAAGAAGACGAGGACGAAGGCGUGGACGUGACAUUCGAAUGUACCGGCAAAGAAGCCUGUAUGCAGACGUCCCUCUACGCGACCAAACCCGGUGGCAAGGUGAUCAUGGUCGGUAUGGGGACGCCUAUUCAGACGCUUCCUCUUUCCGCGGCACACCUUCGAGAAGUCGAUAUCCUGGGGAUCUUUCGGUAUGCGAAUACGUAUCCUACCGGCAUACGAUUACUGGCUGCCAAGGGACCGAUGGCGUUACCUAGUUUGGAUGAUAUGGUGACGCAUAAGUUCAAGGGAUUGAGUGCUGCGAGGGAUGCGUUUGAGUUGGCGGGGAGGACGGUGGAUGAUGAGGGGAGGUUGGUGUUGAAGGUUGUUAUUGAGGCUUAGAUUUCUUUUUCCUCUCUAUCUUGAGUUUAUCUCGUCACCUUUCUUUUUUCCUGGUCUCUUUUCUUAGUCAUCUAGUACCCUUGACUUCUUCUUUUGUGUUUGUGGGUAGAGAGUGUGGUAAUAAGAUGGGUUUGAGCGUGGGGUGCUUUCCUCCUUCAAUGGGGUGGGAAGGAUGGAUGGGA